AUGCAUCAUCGCCAUCAUCACUGUAAUCCUCAUCCUCUCAUUCUUCUUCUUCUUCUUCUUCUUCUUCUUCUUCUUCUUCUUCUUCUUCUUCCCAGCUGUACGGCGGUCAAAAUCCCUCACUCCUCCUCUUUCCCUUCCCACUGUCCCCAUCUUUCCCUCUCCCCCUUUUCCUUACUCCCCCUUUCCCUCUCUUCCCUCUGUCCUGAUCUCCCCUAUGUCCCUCACUCAUCCCUCUGUCCCUCACUCCCCAUCUGUCUCACACUCCCCCUCUUUCCCUCUCUCCCCCCUCUGUUCCGAUCUCCCCCUAUGUCUCUCACUCAUCCCUCUGUCCCUCACUCAUCCCUCUGUCCCUCACUCCCAUCUGUCCCUCACUCACCCCCCUCUGUCCCUCACUCACCCUCUGUUUCUCUCCCCUCCCCCUCUGUCCCCUCCCCUCCCCUGAUAUGUCCCUCUCUCCCCCCUCUGCCCCUCUGUCCCUCCCUCCCCCCUCUGUCCCCUGUCCCCUCUGUCCCCCCUGUCCCCCCCUCUGUCCUCCUCCCCCUCUGUCCCUCUAUCCCCCUCUGUCCCUCUAUCCCCCACUGUCCCUCUCCCCCUGUAUGUCCCCCUCUGUCCCUUCUCUGCUCCCUCCUCUCUCCCCCCGUGCCUCCUAUUCCCUCUGUCCCUCUAUUCCCUCUGUCCCUCUAUCCCCCCUCUGUCCCUCUCUCCCCUCUGUCCCUCACUCCCCCUCUGUUCCUCUCUCCCCACUCUGUCCCUCACUCCAUUUACUUUAUUUUCCUUCAAGUUACUCAGUUCCUAUUUAUUCAGCGUUAA